AUGAAGCUCAUGCAAGAAGCAGACGAUGCAAAUCGCGACAAAAAGCUUCUGAAAUCCCAAGUGGAGAAGCGUCGCCGUGAAAGAAUGAACCACAGUUUGGAGCGUUUGAGGAGCAUGUUGAUGCAAGAGCCGCAGCAACAACAGCAGCAGGGUGCAUCCCAGCGUCGCGUGGAGAAGACCGAGAUCCUGGAGCACACUGUCCUGUUCCUGCACAACACCAGUAAGGCAACGAGCGGGGCGCAACCGCAACAACACUCCUUCCAAGACGGCUUCCACACUUGCCUCCAAAGAGCCGCCCACUUCCUGGGCCCCCAAGGCAAAGGGUUGUGGCUAGCCCUGGAUGCCACUUUGGCCCCCCGUUCACCUUCGUCUUCCUCAUCCUCUUCCUCGGUCCUCCACGCGCUGAGACACAAGUCCAAGCACAACCGGCGAGCGGCGGCUCCGCCCCCCAGGACCCCACCGCAGGGGCCAAACUGGCUGGGGACGUGCAUGGAGAGCCCCCCGGCGGAAGGCCCUUCGUUGGGCCAGAGCGUGUGGAGGCCUUGGCCCUGA